UUUAAGAAGCCACAACUCCCAUGACCUGAUUUGUAAUCUCACAUUAUUUUUAUUGACUAAACUAUUUAUAUGCGUGCUGAUUGAGGGGGGGAAAAAAAUGAAAGAGUAUUUAUGGCAGUUCAUGUUGGGACUAAACCAUUCAGAUGGGGGCGAUGGACUGUACCAUUGUGACCGAUAACGCCGCACUUUAUAAUAAUAAACAUGGAUUCGCCUGCAGUGAGAGCGGGUUUUGAAGAUAUCGGCUUCUGGUCUGAGCGGACACCGGUGCAUGAGGCUGCAUCAUUAGGACAGGUUGAGAAUCUCCAGGUUCUGGUUGAAAGUGGUGCAUCAGUAAACGCAGCGACAGUAGACAACAUGACCCCGCUGCAUGACGCCUGCAUACAGAAUCACCCAGAGUGCGUUCGAGUGCUUCUGAACGCUGGCGCACAGGUGGAUGUACGGACCAUUCAUGGUAGCACUCCUCUGUGCCAUGCGUGUGCUUCAGGCAGUGUGGAGAGUGUGAGACUGCUGCUGGAGCAUGGAGCUUCAGUGAAUCCCUCUCUCACAGCCCUCACUGCGUCUCCACUGCAUGAGGCCUGCAUACAAGGUAAUCCAGAAUGUGUGAAGCUGAUUAUAUCGAACGGAGCCCUGCUGGAGGCUUUUGAUAUUCACUUUGGGAUGCCGCUGCACGCCGCGUGUUCUAAAGCACAUCUGGAAUGUGCCUUACAGCUGCUCAAUGCAGGUGCACGAGUGAAUGCCACAAAGUUCCACGAGACAGCUCUGCACCAUGCGGCGAGAUCCGGUCGGACCGACCUUAUUGAGCUACUGGUGGAGUUUGGUGGAGACAUUAAUGUCAGGGACAACAUGGGACGCAAACCAAUAGAUUACACUCUUCCAGGAUCUUCAUCUCACAAAUGUCUACAACACUAUGAGAGUUGUCCUUUGUCUCUAAAGGAGCUCAGUCGUAUCACUCUAAGGCAUGGCCUGGGAACCAGAGCGCUGCAGGUCAUCACCAAACUAGACAUCUCGCAACGCAUCAUCAGUUACCUUUCUUACAAAUAAUACAGCAAAACAAUCAUAUGCAUGGUUACUGUGUUACUGUGAAAAUGGUAAAAGAAAAACUUGGUUAGGAGGUUCGGGGGACGGAGUGAUUCAUUAUGCAUUGUGCUGUCAUCAACUGCUGGUUGUCUUCAAAUAUGCUGGAAAUAUUUUGCAUUGUCUUGUGGUUCUUUGAUCAAAGGGUUUAAUAUAAAAGGCAACCAUUUGAUCCUAAUUUGCAGAAGACAUAUACUACAAGUCCAGCUUUCUGUUUGUUUCUUCAGAAAUGAAAGUCUUCUGCCUCCGGUAACAGAUAAAUGAUUGGGACGUAAACUCUGUGGGUAAAAUAUAAAUUGUGAUAUAAAAAGAUGAUUUUAAAAGUA